AUGUCUAUGAUUACUGCUACCUCUUGGGUGCGACGAGGUGUCGCUGCCCAAUUCCCGACGAAAUAUGAAAUUGACGAAGAGGAAAUGGGUCGCAUUUCCGAGCUUGCGAGGAUGCAGCUCGAAGAUGCCAAGGGUGACUUGAAGGCUGCCCAGGAAGGACACGACGAUGAAGACGACGAGAUGGAUGAGGAUCACAAGGAGUCUGGCACAAACGCUACGGAGAAAGACGCCGACAAAAAGGGUGCCAAGGAUGACGAUGACCUGAAAGAAUACGAUCUGGACCAUUACGAUAGCGACGAGGUUGACGAGGAUGGCGAGAAGAUCACCAUGUUCGGUAACGUCAAAUCGCUGGCCUACCACCAGCCGAACGAGGAGGAUCCGUACCUGGUGAUGCCCGAGAACGAGGACGACGACGAGGAGAAGGAGGAGUUGCAGGUUCUCCCCACGGAUAACUUGCUUCUGGCUGGUAAGGUGGAGGAUGAAGUCGCGCAUCUUGAGGUCUACGUCUACGAGGACCACGAUGCGAAUCUCUACGUGCAUCACGACAUCAUGCUGCCGGCCAUUCCCCUUGCCGUCGAAUGGCUGGACAUGCCUGUCGGCAAGGCUGCCGAGGGCCGCACGACCGGAAACUUCGUGGCGGUCGGCACCAUGGAGCCCGACAUUGAGAUUUGGGAUCUCGACGUCGUCGACUGCAUGUACCCCAGCGCUAUUCUGGGUCAGGGCGGCGCAGAAGAGGGCCCCAAGAAGUCCAAGAAGAAGAAGACCAAGGUCAACGAGGAAUUCCACGUUGACUCGGUGCUGGCCCUGGCCGCAAACCGGCAGCACCGCAACCUGCUGGCCUCUGCGUCGGCGGACCGCACCGUGAAGCUUUGGGACUUGAACACCACCAAGUGCGCCAAGUCCUACUCCCACCACACCGACAAGGUGUGCUCGUUGGACUGGCACCCCACGGAAUCGACCGUCCUGCUGACCGGCAGCUACGAUCGCACCGUGGUUGCGGCCGACAUGAGAGCCCCCGAUGCCAAGGCCCGCUGGGGCGUGGACACGGACGUGGAGAACGUGCGUUGGGAUAUGCACGACCCUAACUACUUCUACGUGACGACGGACGGCGGUAUGGUCUAUCGCUACGACGUGCGGAACAUCCCGGCGACACCGCAGGAGUCCAAGCCCGUCUGGUCCCUGCAGGCGCACGACUCGUCGGUGUCUGCCUUCGACAUCAACGCCGCCAUUCCCGGAUUCCUGGUCACCGGCUCCAUCGACAAGCAGGUCAAGAUCUGGAACGUCGAGAACGAGAAACCUAGCAUGGUCGUGUCGCGCAAGCUGGAAGUCGGCAAGGUCUUCUCCACGACCUUCGCCCCCGACGCCGACACGAGCUUCCGAUUGGCGGUGGCUGGCAGCAAGGGUACGGUCCAGGUCUGGGAUACGUCGACCAACGCCGCCGUGCGCCGGGCGUUUGUGUCGCGGAUGCCUGCGCUGGAAGGAGAGGUGCAGGAGCGUACCGUGGGACUGCAGAAGGACCAGAAUGAGUCGGACGACGAGGAGGGUGGCGUGGAGGCUGGGGCCGACGUGGCCGGGGGACCGGAUGGCUGGGAGUCGAUGGAUGAGGACUGA